AUGUCCGCUGAGGGAACCGAAAACAAGGCCGCGCGCUCGCGCGUGUUCUUUGAUAUUACAGUCGGUGGCAAGUCCGCUGGCCGUAUUACCAUGGAGCUCUACAACGACCUCGUCCCCAAGACGGCCGAGAACUUCCGCUGCCUCUGCACCGGCGAAAAGGGUCUGGGCAAAUCUGGCAAGCCUUUGCACUACAAGGGCUCUAUCUUCCACCGCGUCAUCAAGCAAUUCAUGAUUCAGGGAGGUGACUUCACGGAGGGCAAUGGUACUGGCGGCGAGUCUAUUUACGGCGCAAAGUUCGAGGAUGAGGCUUUCCCUAAGAAGCACGACCGUCCCUUCCUCCUGUCCAUGGCCAAUGCUGGGCCUAACACCAACGGCUCUCAAUUCUUCCUCACCACCGUCCCGACGCCUCACCUCGACAACAAGCACGUCGUCUUUGGCGAGGUCCUCAACGGCAAGUCCGUCGUUCGCCAGAUCGAGAACCUCCAGACCGAAUCAGGCGACAAGCCCCUCAAGGACGCCGUCAUUGCAGACUGCGGCGAAUUGACCGGAGACGCCGCUCUCGCAGCCGAUGUGAAGGCCCCGGACGCCAUGGGCGACACCUACGAGGACUUCCCCGAGGACUGUGCAACCCCGCCUGAUGCUCAGGAAGUCAUCAAGAUUGCUGCCGCCUGCAAGGAUUACGGCAACAAGGCCUUCAAGGCUGGCGACUUCAACCUCGGUCUCGAGAAGUACCAAAAGGGCCUGCGCUACAUCAACGAGGAGCCCGACUUGGAGAAGGAGCCCGCUACUACCAAGGCGGAACUCCAAGCUCUCCGCUUUACCCUCAACAACAACUCGGCCCUGCUCAACAUCAAGCUCGAGGCCUGGGAUGAUGCCGCGAAGACGGCUACGUACGCCCUUGAUGUUUCCGGAACCAAGGACGCUGACCGCGCCAAGGCCCUCUACCGCCGCGGCUUCGCCAACGUCCGCCUUAAGGACGAGGAGAACGCCAUUAAGGAUCUUGAAGAGGCGCACAAGCUCGUGCCGGAUGAUAAGGUCAUUCUCCACGAGCUUAAUGCCGUCAAGCAGAAGGCGGCCGCCCGUGCGGCCAAGGAGAAGGCGGCUUACAAGAAGUUCUUCCAAUAG